AGGAGGCGGGGCCGCGAGGGGGGGGGAAGAGCCUCCAUUUUGCUCGGCGUCCUGAAGGGAGCAGCUCCUGAAGGGGCUCCAUCGCCCACCCCGUUGCCUCCCUCGCGUCCUUCGGCUGCGCCGCUCCCACCUCGCCUCCCGAUACUCCUCCGCCUCCAGAGAAGGCCGACGCCGGUUCUUCUCCUCCUCCUCCUUCCUCCGCCGGGGGGACGAUGGCGGCCGAGAGCCGGGAGGAAAAAGAUGGCGAACUGAAUGUUCUGGAUGAUAUAUUGACUGAUGCACCUGAUCAUGAUGAUGAACUGUAUAACCCUGACAGUGAGCAAGAUAAAAGUGAGAAAAAGGGAUCCAAAAGGAAAAGUGAGAGGAUGGAGACAGCUGAGAGCAAAAAGCAGAAGCCUUCUGUGCAUUCCUCGAGGCAGUUGUUACCCAAACCUCCAAGCUCAUCCGUUAGCAACAACAAGCGAAUAGUGAGCACGAAAGGAAAGCCAGUAUUGGAAUAUAAGAAUGAGGAGUAUCAAAGGUCUGAUAGGAGCAAGCGCCCAGAAGGUGACAGAAAGAUGCGUAUGACAAGCAGCAGCUCGAGAGACACCUACAAAGGGCAGCCUGAGAAGGCGUGCAUGAGGAAAAGAGAUGCUGACAGAAGGGCAAAGUCUUCCACUCCAGAUACCUCUGGGGCGUUUGUUUUAUUCUCAUUUAAACAGAGGCUAAGGCUUGAGGUGGACAGACAGCCAAGCAGGUCCAGUCACUCCUCAAAAGAAGAGGUGAACUCCGAGGAGUACGGGUCGGAUCAUGAAACAGGCAGUAGCGGAUCCUCUGACCCAGGAAACACAGAGAAUGAGGAGGAGGAGGAGGAGGAGGGGAUGGAGGAAGAAGAAGAGGAGGAAGACGAUGACGGGGAGGAGGAGGAAGAAGUGGAAGAAGAGGGAGAUGAUGAAGAAGAGGAUUAUGAUCAAGAUGAAAGGGAUCAGAAGGAGGGAAAUGAUUACGACACACGAAGCGAAGCUAGUGAUUCUGAAUCUGAAUCUGCAUCCUUUACUGAUGGGUCAGUCCGAUCUGGUUCAGGCUCGGAUAUAUCAGAUGAAAAAAAGAAGGCGAGAAAAAGAGCUAGAGGCAUCUCUCCGAUUGUUUUUGAUAGAAGUGGAAGCUCUGCAUCAGAGUCAUAUGCAGGUUCAGAAAAGAAGCAUGAGAAAUUAUCAUCUUCCGUUCGUGCUGUCCAAAAAGACCAAACUAGCAAACUUAAAUACAUUCUCCAAGAUGCAAGAUUUUUUCUUAUCAAAAGUAACAACCACGAAAACGUCUCACUUGCCAAAGCUAAGGGUGUCUGGUCAACCCUCCCAGUCAAUGAGAAGAAGCUCAAUGCUGCCUUCAGACAAGCGAGGAGUGUUAUCUUGAUAUUUUCUGUGAGAGAGAGUGGGAAAUUCCAAGGAUUUGCAAGGCUGGCUUCUGAAUCCCAUCACGGGGGAUCUCCCAUACACUGGGUGCUACCUGCAGGAAUGAGCGCAAAAAUGCUGGGAGGCGUAUUUAAGAUAGAUUGGAUAUGCAGGCGUGAGUUGCCAUUCACGAAAUCUGCUCACCUGACCAAUCCUUGGAAUGAGCAUAAGCCAGUAAAGAUUGGACGUGAUGGACAGGAAAUUGAGCCCGAAUGCGGAACCCAGCUUUGUCUCCUAUUCCCUCCCGAUGAAAGUAUUGACUUGUAUCAAGUCAUUCAUAAAAUGCGGCACAAGAGAAGAAUGCAUUCUCAGCCCCGGUCAAGAGGACGGCCGUCCCGCCGAGAGCCACUCCGAGACGUGGGAAGGCGUCGACCAGAGGAUUAUGAUAUUCAUAACAGCAGAAAGAAACCAAGGAUUGAUUAUCCCCCUGAGUUUCACCAAAGACAAGGCUAUAUAAAGGAUCCCAGAUACCAAGAUGCAGACAGACGAUUUUCAGGAGUGCGGAGAGACGUCUUUCUAAAUGGGUCCUACAAUGAUUAUGUGAGAGAAUUCCACAGCAUGGGUCCGCCGCCACCCUGGCAAGGAAUGCCUCCUUACCCGGGUAUGGAACAGCCUCCCCACCAUCCUUACUACCAGCACCAUGCUCCUCCACCACAAGCUCACCCUCCUUACUCAGGGCACCAUCCCAUUCCACACGAUGCACGAUACAGGGAUAAGCGGGUGCAUGAUUAUGACAUGAGGGUAGAUGACUUUCUACGUCGGACACAAGCAGUUGUCAGCGGCCGAAGAAGCAGACCCCGAGAACGAGAGCGGGAUCGUGAGAGGGAUCGGCCCCGGGAUACCAGAAGGGACAGAGAUCGGGAUCGGGGCAGGGAGAGGGAGAGGGAGAGGAUAUGCGAUCGGGACAGAGACAGAGGAGAAAGAGGAAGAUAUAGAAGAUAAUGCAUUGCGGAACUGCAGUCACUUAAAGCAAAGGCUUGUAUAUUUGUGUGUUUACAGGUAGUAAACUUCUAUUUUCCUCUGUCUACCUACUUUAUUGUGUAGAAGGAUUUAUAAUUGACCCUCUUUGUUCUAAGCAUGCAGUAAGCUGUGAACUGGAAAAUCCCCAUUGGCUAAACAAAAAGACAAAAAAAGUGCAAACUUGACCCUUGAGUUGGUGACUUUCAUUUGAGCAGUUUCGAAAAAGUUUAAAGAAGGUAGAUUAAUGAUCCCUAUGUGUUUAUCUUAACUGUAAUUUAAUCAUCUGUUUGUUUGAAUACCAGUUGACAACUGCCAUAAUAUUUUUGCUUUUGUUUCCUUCCAUGUAGUUUUUUACAUGAUUCUGUGGGGGGAAAUGCUGCUAUCAGGUAUGCAAAUACUGGGUGUGAUGGUUUGGCUGUGUGUCCGUGUUGAAACAGCCACGUCUUGGUUUUUCUGGUUGUUCCUUUUUUUAUGGGGGAAAAAAACCUCUGUAAGAGUCAAGCUUGUUCAAUAAUGAAAGCAAUAUUAAGAUGACAAUAUUGAUAUCUAAUUUUUAACCUUUUAAACAGCUUUCCUGUGUUCUGCUGCCAUUUUGGUUAAUGAUAUUGUUUGCUCGCCUCUCCCACUUCCAUAUUACACCCCACCCCCCGAAAAAAAUGUCCAUAUUGUUUGGAAUGUCCACCGUGUGUGUGUGUGUGUGAGCACAAAAUCUUGCUGUAUUCUACAUUGCUACCAUUUUUUUUUAUAAUAAAUUGGUAACAGUCAACUUUCA